UGCACGAAAACGUCCCCUCACUGUAGUCGUAAUUUGCAGCUAGCAAUCCUAGCUGGCUAGUUAUCCGAAGAUGGCGGCUUGUAGACGUGUUCCUCUUCUCCUGCUUUUGAUGUCUUUCUUUUUGUAUGUGCAUCCGAUUCGAGGACAGAAAUCUGCGAUUAAUGGACUCGCCAAGCCUGCAGUUAGUGUUGAUAUCCCGGCUCAAAAUCAAGGCGGAGCACCGGCUGCUGUAAAUGGAGCUCAAGUACUCGCGGCCCUGCCACUUCGUAGACGCACUAGCGGCUGGAAGCUGGCGGAAGAGGGGGCUUGUCGGGAGGACUUGACCAGGCUUUGUCCGAAACAUUCCUGGAACAAUAACCUGGCUGUGCUUGAGUGCCUCCAGGAUAGGAAAGAGGAAACGGAGAUCGCUGCUGACUGCAACCAUCUCCUGUGGAACUACAAACUGAACCUGACGACUGACCCCAAGUUUGAGUCUGUGGCUGUGGAGGUGUGCAAGUCCACCAUCACCGAUAUAAAAGAAUGUGCAGCGGAGGAGAGAGGGAAGGGCUACUUGGUGUCCUGCCUGGUGGAUCACCGCGGCAACAUCACAGAGUACCAGUGCAACCAGUACAUCAUCAAGAUGACCAGCAUCGUGUUCAGUGACUACCGCCUCAUCUGUGGCUUCAUGGACAAGUGUCGCGAGGAUAUCAACACCCUGCACUGUGGCAGCAUCUCCACCGGCGAGAAGGACGUGCACUCCCAGGGCGAGGUGAUAGCGUGCCUGGAGAAGGGUCUGGUCAGGGAGGCAGAGGAGCAGCCUGCGGCCCACGCCAUUGGGGCCAACUGUAAGAAGGCCAUCAUGCGCGUGGCCGAACUUUCCUCAGACGACUUCCACCUGGACAGAUACCUAUACUUCUCCUGCCGGGAGGACCGCGAGCGCUUCUGUGAAAACACUCCAGCUGGAGAGGGCAGAGUUUACAAGUGUCUCUUCAAUCACAAGUUUGAGGAGGCCAUGUCUGAAAGGUGCAGAGAUGCUCUGACCACUCGUCAGAAGCUGAUAGCCCAGGACUACAAGGUGAGCUACUCCCUGGCCAAGGCCUGCAAGACGGACCUGAGGAAGUAUCGCUGCAGCGCAGACACCAACAUGCCCCGCGCCCGCGAGGCCCGCCUCUCCUACCUGCUGCUCUGUUUGGAGUCUGCCGUACACAGAGGUCGUACGGUGAGCGGGGAGUGUCAGGGGGAGAUGUUGGACUACAGGAGGAUGUUGAUGGAGGAUUUCUCUCUGAGCCCAGAGAUUGUGCUGCAUUGCCGUGGGGAGAUCGAGGCCCACUGCUCCGGCCUCCACCGCAAGGGACGCACCCUGCACUGUUUGAUGAGGGUAGGCCGAGGAGACCAGGGCGCCAUCGACAACCUCUGCCAGAAAGCUCUCCAGACCUUGAUCCAAGAGGCAGACCCUGGGGCAGACUACCGUAUCGACCGGGCCCUAAACGAGGCCUGUGAGUCUGUCAUCCAGACCGCCUGCAAACACAUCCGCAACGGAGACCCCAUGAUCCUGUCUUGUCUGAUGGAGCACCUGUACACAGAGAAGAUGGUGGAGGACUGUGAACACAGGCUGCUGGAGCUGCAGUACUUCAUAGCGCGGGAUUGGAAACUGGACCCCAUCCUGUAUAAGAAGUGCCAGGGCGACGCCUCCCGCCUGUGCCACACCCACGGCUGGAAUGAGACCAGCGAGAUGAUGCCACCCGGCGCCAUCUUCUCCUGUCUGUACCGCCACGCCUACCGCACAGAGGAGCAGGGACGGCGGGGGAAUGCAGUGGAACAAACAGGAAAACAUGGUUUCAUUCUGUCUCGGGACUGUAAAGUGGAGGUGCAGCGUAUCCUCCACCAGAGGGCGCUGGAUGUGAAGCUGGACCCGGAGCUGCAGAGACGCUGUAUGACCGACCUGGGGAAGUGGUGCAGUGAGAAGGCCGAGUCUGGACAGGAGCUGGAGUGUCUACAGGACCACCUAGAGGACCUGGUGUCAGAGUGCAGAGAUGUGGUGGGCAACCUGACUGAACUGGAGUCUGAGGACAUUCAGAUUGAGACCCUGCUGAUGCGAGCCUGUGAGCCAGUCAUCCAGUCCCACUGUCACGAGGUGGCAGAUAACCAGAUCGACACGGGGGAUCUGAUGGAGUGUCUGGUGCAGAACAAACACCAGAAGGAGAUGAACGACAAGUGUGCCGUGGGCGUCACACACUUCCAACUGGUCCAGAUUAAGGACUUCCGUUUCUCCUACAAGUUUAAGAUGGCCUGCAAAGAUGACGUGCUCAAACUCUGCCCCAACAUCAAGAAGAAGGUGGACGUAGUGCUCUGUCUGAGCACCACGGUGAGGAACGACACUCUGCAGGACAUGAAGGAGCAGCGUGUGUCUGUCAAGUGUCGUAAGCAGCUGAGGGUGGAGGAGCUGGAGAUGUCUGAGGAUGUCCGUCUGGAGCCUGAGCUCUAUGACUCCUGUAAGCAGGACAUCGGGAGGCUGUGCCAGAACGUGGCCUUCGGGAACGCACAGGUGAUCGAGUGUCUGAAGGAGAACAAGAGGCAGCUGACCCAGCGCUGUCACCACAGGGUGUUUAAGCUGCAGGAGGUAGAGAUGAUGGACCCAGAGCUGGACUACCAACUCAUGAGGGUCUGCAAGCAGAUGAUCCGGCGGUUCUGCGCUGAGGCUGAUGCCAAGAACAUGCUGCAGUGCCUGAAGCAGAACAAGAACAGUGAGCUGAUGGACCCCAAGUGUAAACAGAUGAUCACCAAGAGACAGAUCACACAGAACACGGACUACAGGUUGAACCCGGUGCUGAGGAAGUCGUGUAAGGCUGACAUCCCGAAGUUCUGCCAGAGCAUCCUAAACAAGGCUACAGGAGACAGUGAGCUGGAGGGACAGGUCGUCUCCUGCCUCAAACUCAAAUACGCCGACCAGCGUCUGUCUCCUGACUGUGAGGAUCAGAUCAGGGUGAUCCUACAGGAGUCAGCUCUGGACUACAGACUGGACCCUCAGCUGCAGGUGCACUGCACUGACGAGAUCUCUCGGCUGUGUCCAGAGGAGGCUGCGGCCCAGGAACAGACGGGUCAAGUAGAGGAGUGUCUCAAAGUCAACCUGCUCAAGAUCAAAGUGGAGGGCUGCAAGAAGGAGGUGUUGAACAUACUGAAGGAGAGUAAGGCAGACAUCUUUGUGGACCCUGUCCUCCACACAGCAUGUGCUCUGGACAUCAAACAUCACUGUGCUGCCAUCCCACCAGGACGAGGACGCCAGAUGUCCUGUCUGAUGGAGGCUCUGCAGGAUAAGAGGGUGCGUCUGCAGCCAGAGUGUAAGAAGAGACUGCAGGACCGCAUCGACAUGUGGAGCUACGCUGCCAAGGUGGCCCCAGCCGAAGGCUUCUCAGACCUGGCCAUGCAGGUGAUGACAUCACCCUCCAAGAACUACAUCCUGGCUAUGUUUGGCCUGGGCGUGUGCGUUCUCUUCCUGUUCGGCCUGCUGUGUGGCCGCAUCACCAAGCGAGUAAUGCAGGAGCAGAAGGACAGGUAGAGAGGGGGGCCUCAGAGGGCCACAACAGCAAAACAACCUGGACAGGGCCCUCCCCUCCCUCAGCAUAGCCCCAACUACUCCCACCUCAGCCUGGCUCCAUGUACAAACCAUGUCCCCCUACUUUUACCCCCCAGCCUCCUCCACGUCACUCCCUGAGACUGGGCUUUAUGGGGGAGCCAUUCAAGCUUCCCUGUCAUCAUCGCUAUGUUGUCGGAGGGCUACUUUGGGGCCUACAUUACCCAGACUCCCCUAUGGUGGUUGGUCUCCCAGCUUCACUGGUAUGAGAGCCCACAUGCCCCGACUGUGAGACUGACACAUAACCCCUCCAACCCUAUUCCAGUGUCUGACUGAUGAAAGCCAAGUCUUCACGUUAUGUUCUACAGCAGACUUCUAGAAGGACGAUGCCGCCACCUCUUUAUCCUCUAUCACUCCACUGCUAACCAGCUAACGCUAACAGACCUGUACCACCAGGCGGCCCGGCUAGGCCAGCCUGCUUGGGCAUAAGCAUUAUUUAUUGAUUUGGAUUCUGCUUUUGGUUUCUUUUGCAGUGUUCUUUUUUUUCUUCACCUCAUUUAGAUGCAAUAUUUAUUUUAAGUAAUAUUUCAUUUGUGGGGGGUUGGUGGGUCAGAAGGGGAGGUGGGUUCUCAGUAAGCAUGAAGAGUUAUUAUGUGAGAGAGAAAGAACCUCUCCUUACUUAUGGCCUGCCUAAGAGGCUUUCAAUGAUUUCAGUGCUGAUAGAUUGAUAUUAGUAAGAGCGAUUGUGUGUGAGAAUGAAAGUGUGUGACUGUGUGUUUGACAGUGUGUGGAAGGGGAGUAUUAACGCUGUUUUUCUGUAAAAUUUUUGUUCUUCUCCUGAGAGGAUGGGGUGGUUGACUGACUUUAGGUUGCCCGAUGUGUAUUAGAUUCACUGAAUUGCCAUGGGACUGCCAGGUGUUGUGUUGUGUUGAGAUGCCCUCCACAGACUGAGCCUCAUGGGAUAGGAGUCCUACAGCCUACAGUAUAUUAUAUCAGUCUUACACUCCUAAAAGCUGAUGAUAAUAAUAUUGAUUACUCUAUUCGUGGUUAUGCUGACAGACCUGGCAGUGUAUCAUAGAUGGCUCCAGUGCCAAGGAUGCCUGCUUAGUACAGUCUGAAACGGUACUCCAGUCACUCCAUGCUUGGCUUGUGGUAGGGUUAGCAUGAUGCUAACCGAAUGGGUGGUAUGGUAGAGAAACGGUUUACAUCGAACAGAUAGCUGGAACACCAGACUAGUAUUCACACACAUUUCUCUCAAGGUACUCAGUUAACAAUGAACAUUUGACAGAGAGCUGGGUCUAUUUGUCUGAGUGGACACAACACUGACGGAUGGUGCAGAAAGAUAAGUCUCCUUUUGAAAACUGGCUUCUAAAAAGCGUCCCAUCUAGUUUUCAAGUAGUGAACCUGCAGGGUAGCAGGUUUAAACCAAGGGUAUUGGUAGCGCAGUGUUACAUUGGUAUUGAAGAAUGGUUGGUGGUACAAAGGGUCAAGAACAAUAAACAAAAAAAAGAUAUAAAAUAAAUAUAAACGCUUAUAGAGAUCUGAAGAUUUAGUUUGAAAGGAUACUGGAACCAUUGCACAUUUUUAUUUUAUGUCUAUCUCUCUCUCUCAUAUAUAUAUAUAUAUAUAUAUAUAUAUAUA